AUGAACUCAACGGAGGAUUUCGGAUGCGAUGGGUUGUCACUCAGUUUGCCAGCAAAUGGCAAAAUAGGUUUGUAAAGCAUUUUUUCUCUAUUUUACAGCAAAAAUGAAAGUGGAAUUUUUUUCUGAUUACAAUCGAUCCAGUGGAAGUUUGAAACAUUGUUGAUUGAGAUUAUUUCAGUUCUUAUUGUCGCCUACGGUUUCGUUGGCGCCUUGAGCCUUAUUGGAAAUCUAGCCGUCCUUCUUAUUGUGGCUUGCCGGAAAGAAAUGCAAACAGUCACCAACAUCUUCAUCAGCAGCGUUUCCGCAGCUGACCUGGUCAGUUUGAGUUGAACUUAUGUAUUUUCGAGCUUUAAUAAUUCAAAUUUGGUCUGAAUGAAGAGAACGCUGAGAAUCAACUGUCGGAAAAUUCGAUUUUCUGAGAAGCUUUGGAAAUCAUUAAAAAAUUAAUUCGUAUCCUUUUGACAUCUGCUCACAAAAAAUGAGGAGUUAAAUAAUUUUAAGGUUUUAAACUUAAGUUUAUUUUUCUUAGUCACGGUUAGCUGGUUAGCUCACGGUCAAAAAAAGAUUGUCGGAUUUACAAGGAAAAACAUCGUCUGGUUGCUAAAAAUUGCAGACGCCCCAACACCAUUGUGAAUGAGAUAUAUAUUUAGAGUAUCAGUUUUCACAAACUGCUGAAGCACGGACUGAAGUUAUUUUUUCUGGAACAGUAUCGAAGAAACCGAAAAUUUUGACAAUUAAAAACGCGGAUCCAGUUCAUAGCUAUAUGAAUAUUUUAUAUUUUACCAAUUUUUUUGUUGAAAAAUAUUUCAUUUUAAUUACAGGUCAUCACAAGCUUUUCUUUAUGGGCAACUCCAUUGGCCUAUUACCAAAGGGUUUGGUCGUUUGGUUACGCUAUGUGUUACGUCACAAACAUCGUUCAAGUGAGUCUUUGAACUACAAUCUCAAAAGAAUUUUCGGUUAUAUAUUUUUCUCGAAAAAUCAAAACUCUCAUAGGACUGUUCGUUUUAGGGAGCGUCACUCAUGUGGGUUCCGCUGACUUUGGCUGCUGUCGCGCUGGAUCGUUACAUUUUGGUUGCUUCGCCUUUCCGCAGACCUAUGAGCACAAGGUUAGGGGAGAAAUUGAUCAUGAGGAAGCUUGACUACAUUUCAACUUCCGCGAGAAACUGCGACAGCACAUAAGUUUUUGACAUAUUAAGGAUGUUGUCAUCCGAUGACUCCACUAAUUUCCUUGUGAUUUUGUUUUCAUCCAUAGAGUUUCAGGACAUGUCUCACGAUUAUUGUCUGCAUUUGGGUUGGCGCUUUUGCUGUGCUAACACCAAUGAUAUCGCAUGUCAAUUACGUCGAUUCUUACAUGUGCAAGGUAUAUUCGUUCCCAUACAACGAAAUAGAACAAAGUUUGCAGUUUUGUGUGGAGCACUGGGAACCCGAACAAAGUCACCAAAGAUUGGCUUAUGGUCUUUUUGUCCUUCUCAUUCGUUCUGCACUUCCUCUUCUGCUUAUCUCAUUUUGUCAUUGGCGGAUCGCGGCUAUUCUCAACGUUCAAACAAGGAAGUUUGCCGCGCUUCGAAAUUCGAGGUUGACAAAUGCAGUUAACUCGUUGCAAUCAAGUUUUUUAGUGUCCAAACCCAAACGAAUGAUAUAAAACGGAAGCAGCGGCUGCAGACGCUUCUGCUCGCAAUGGUUGUCAUUUUUGCCGUAUCCAGUUUGCCGAUUGAUCUUUACAAUGUUCUGCAAGAUGUCAUGAUUGUCUACGAGGUAUCGAAUGAGCCGCUACAUGUGUUUUUAUGGAAGGAAUUGGUUCAAAGAAAAAGAACUAUUCUCUUAAAAUCAAGUUCAGCACAUAGAAUGCACUUUCUUCAUAAUAAAGAUUUUUUUUAGAGAAAAAGUUUUUGAAAAAAAGUGCACUUUUAAUUGUGAUAACAUGCCAAGUUUUUUUGCGGAUGAGAAUAACAAUUUUUGAAAUUGUAGGCUCAAAAACAUUUUCAGACAACAAAAACUGUCUGCUGGAUUUCUCAAGAUGAAAAUCUCGUCAUAAAUUCGCAAUCGAUGCAUGAAAAAUUCCAAGCUACUGUUUUUUUUCCAAUUGUUGGUGAAACAAAAAAUUCGAAAAUCUCAUUGGGAAAAAAAGAAACUAAAUUUCUUUCCGAUUAAUUUUUUUCUCAUCACUUUUAUUUGAACGAAUUGUCACCCAAUUUUUUAAUUAAAACAUCAAAUCUUCCGAUAAACGUCCGAUAACUUAUUUUCAUACAGUUUUGAGAUGCAACGUCUCAAAAUUAUCGAGGCAUCUAAUGGAAAAAAAUCUUUUGUACAAUAACCAUCGUUGGUUCUAUAGGAAGACACGAUCCCGAGAACUUUACGUGACUUCAUAUUUUUCUUCUCUCAUUGGCUCGCAAUGGCUGGUACCUUAUUGAAUCCUCUGGUGUAUGCUUGGUGGAACGAGAACUUCAGAAGACAAAUUCAAGUGAAUAUUGCCUACUUGACUGAAUUUCAUCAACUCAACUUCAGAGUUGUGUUUCCGAAAUGCGAGGUCAAGGAAAAUUCAAAAGAGGACUUUAUACAAUCGUAUCCGGACGGCAGUCCUGCAAGUGAGUCGGCUUCUCGAAAUCAGGAAAACCAGACGGUUACAGAAUGGAUGAACCGCAGAGGGAAGAGCUGAUGGAAGGACAACAAAGAGUCACUCGAGUCGAGUACGGACCCACGUUGCUCAUUGAGGAUCCUGUUCAACAAGUCUAG